AAUUUUUGAGAGAGAAAAAAAAAGAGAUUUGACCAAAAUUUGACUUUUUGAUCCGUUGCUCGUAUGGACAAUCGGAGACCGUGGUUGUGUUCAUCUCGUCGAGACGAACCCAUUUUGCUAUUCAUAUGUCCGUUCCGGGCACUUUAUGACCCGUAGCAAGUCCAAUAAAUUUAAACCGUUCGUUGUUUUUUUAAAAAAAUAAAAAAAAGAAAGAAGAUAAGUACCGGCCGAUCCAUCCAGACGUCUCCACCGUUUUCCUUUCUCUCUCUCUCCUCGUUGCUGAGCACGCUGCUUGCCGAGCUCCUCGCGCCGUACGCUGCCGUCCGCCGCGCCGGCCGCUCGCUGCCACUGGUUGCUGCGCGCCGCCGGCCACCGUCGCCUCCGCCUGACCGGCCUGCGCCGCCGUCGUGCCGGGCCACCGCGUCGCGCCGUCAUGCGUGCCGUCGCGCUCGCUCUGCGCCAGCCGCCGUGAAGAAGCAAGCAAGCAAGCAGGCCGUCGUUGCCUCUGUGCUAGCAGCUGAGAAGAAGCAAGCACAGAGAAGCAAGCAAACCAGCGCAGGAGAGAAGCCAGGAAAGAGAAAAGAAAAGAAGAAAAAGAAAAAGAGAAAAGGAAAAAAAGGGAAAAAUUGGAAAUUUCGGAAUUUCGUCGGAUUUUUGAAUCUCACCCGUGCUUUCUUUACAGGUAUGUUUAGAUGUUGACGUGCAUUUGGGGGAUGGAUCUUGGUAGCUGCACACACUACCUCAUCACCAUGUUGAUAGCUCAACCGGUGUUAUAAAUGGUGGUUUUGGUGGUCUGUCGUUUGCUUGGUUUAUGUCGUGGUACGACGCUGGUAGCGUCGUGAAGGUUUCUAUAUAUAUAUAUGUCGGUUAUGUCAUAUACUGUCUGCCUGUGAUCUCUUUUGGUCAGUUAUACCGUCUUAUAGAGGAAAUGCCGUCAAAAUUUUCUGUUUUCAUAUAAUUAGGCUUAGUGAUAAAGUAGGGUGUUACAAUUAUCUUCUUCCAAAUUCCUCGCCACCUACCUCCGCUCCAAGCAGUCAGAAGACCAAGGCUUCAUUGCAAUUGCAUGGCAGAGCUUCCUUCCAGGGACGCUGGAUGAGAGAGAAGAAGGCUGCUGAUCCAGCAUCAGAAGAUUAUUAUUGUUAUCAAACUUGACGUUCUGCAAACUGAGUGCGCCAUAAUUGGGAACGCCAAAGCCUAUGAGCCAAAAUACCUACCGAAGGAGCAGUGCCCCAACUUACCGGCCAAUGCUUCUCAAAUCAAUAGUGGAGCCUAUUCCAGUGGCCCAGGCAUGCUGGGAUCUUCUGUUGCUCCAAGGGCAGUGCAGGUUGCUAACAAUAUAUCAUAUGGUGUAUCCUACAGUGGUUGUCAAGGUACGGUUGGCUCUCCAAUUGGUCGGGUGGUAGAACCUGUUCCCAAUGUGUCGUCUGGUGGCUCUUAUGGUACAAUGUUAGCGCAUAAUACAAUAAACGCCGACAUGGUGCAGUCAAAGUUGCAGCAGCCUUCACUGAACUCUCACCAGAACCAAAGGUUUGCAGUUCCUGCCACAGCUGGUGAUAUUGGCAUUCCUGGCAAUACUUAUGGCCGCCCUGCGCAGCCUUUUCAUCAGCAACCACCUUCAGUGUAUAUGAAUAGAGGUCCUGUUGCUAAGAAUGAAGCUACUAAUCGUGCUGUCCCUGUGGCUCAAUUGAAUCCAUACCAAGAAAGAUGGACGAUCAAAGCUAGGGUGACUGCAAAGACUGAUCUCAGGCACUUCACCAACGCCAAAGGUCCUGGAAAAGUCUUCUCUUUUGAUCUCCUUGAUGCACAGGGUGGAGAAAUUCGUGCAACAUGCUUCACUUUGCAGGCUGAUCAGUAUUUUGACCUAAUUGAGGUUGAUAAGGUGUACUUGGUAUCCAAAGGGUCGUUGAAACCUGCACAGAAGAAGUUUAACCCUUUGAAUCAUGAGUACGAGAUAUUUGUUGAUCACAGAACGUCUAUAGAAAUUUGCUCUGGUGAUGAUAGCAGCAUCCCUAGGCAGCAGUACAAUUUCCGACAGAUCAGCGAAAUUGAGAACAUGGAGACUGGUGCUAUUGUGGAUUUGGUUGGGGUUGUUACAUCAGUUGGUCCUUCUGCCACAAUAAUGCGAAAGGAUGGUUCGGAAGCCCAGAGAAAAACUCUUCAACUGAAGGACAUGUCUGGUCGAAGCGUGGAGAUAACCUUUUGGGGAAAAUUCUGUGAUGCUGAAGGCCACCAGCUCCAGUUGCAGUGCGAUUCUGGUUUGAAUCCUAUACUAGCUUUGAAAAAUGGCCGUGUCACUGAAUUCAGUGGUAGAUCCGUGAGCUCAAUCAGCUCAACUCAGUUAAAAAUAAACCCAGAUUUUCCUGAGGCUGAAAGGUUGCGGCACUGGUAUGUAACUGAAGGAAAGACUGCUGCUUGUAUUUCUUUAUCUCGGGAGGUGUCAAGCAUGGGCAGGACUGAUGUCCGGAAAACUGUCGCGCAUAUCAAGGAUGAAAAUUUGGGGCGAUCAGACAAGCCAGACUGGAUCACUAUUAAAGGUGCAAUUUCGCAUUUGACAACUGAUAAUUUUUGUUAUCCUGCUUGCACUUUGGAGGUUAAUGGUAGGCAGUGCAACAAAAAGGUGAUAAAUAAUGGUGAUGGGACAUGGCAUUGUGACAAAUGUGAUCAGGGCUCACCAAAUUGCGAGUAUAGGUACUUGCUGCUUUGCCAGAUCCAGGAUCAUACUGGGAUUACCUAUGCUACUGCAUUCCAAGAGGCUGGUACAGAGAUAAUUGGCUACAGCGCCCAGGAGCUUUUCAACAUAAAAGACCAAGACACAGAACAAUUUGCAGAUAUCAUACAGGAGGUUCGUUGGCAGCAGUAUCUAUUCAAGCUGAAAGUCAAGGAGGAAACCUUUAAUGAUGAGCAGCGUGUCAAGUGCAGCAUUGUUAAAGCGGAGAAGUUGGAUCCAUCGAAAGAGAGUUGUCACCUUCUGGGUGCGAUUGAUGGCAUAUUGCAGGAUGAUACACGCUCACCUGCUGAGGUGCAAGGCGCUGCGACCUAUAAUGCUGGUUUCGAUAAUUCCUGGGCUGGACAAAGUGUGCCAGCCUCCAACAAUGCUUACACCACGAAUAUGAGUGGUGCAAGGUAUGGGGACUCCAUGAAUCAGUUUGGGCAGCAACCAAACAUAUAUGGCGGGGUGUCUACUCCAGCAUCAGCGACACGGAAUGUACAGACUUGCAUGGCUUGUGGGUCAAGUGGGCACGAUGCACAGAACUGCCCUGAAGGCAUGAAUAGGCAGCAACCUGCGGCAAGCAUGGCUAGGUCCUACGGCUCUACGCCCGGCAAUGCCAGCCCGCUUUUGUGUUUUAGAUGCAAUCAACCUGGGCACUUUGCUAACGCUUGCCCAGGGGUGACUACUGCCCCCCAGCAACAGCCAUAUGGCAACGGUGUUGCAUCAGGAGGAUACAGUAGGCUAUCCUAUGUGGGGGCUACUAAUUACUGAAGUAUUUUGCCUCUCAAGUGUGAUUAUGGUUUGAUUGAGCUGCCUGUAUGGCAUCGCUGUGUUUCUGUGAAGUAGAUAAAUAUUCCCGUUAUGGUUGUCUGAAUCAGGACCAUGUAUUGGCACUUUAAAUUGGUGUUUAUAUUUCUAUUUUGGUCUGUUGGUGUGGCAAAUCCCUGUUUUUGUCUGUUGAAUUCGUCGGUUGUAACUAUGCUAGCCAGCUGAAACUGUGUGGUUCUGUAAGUUAAAAAGGAUCAGACGCCGAAUGUGACUGAUGUUUAUGAUCAUGUUGUUUCCUCUAUCUUUUGGAGCGAACCUCGAA